UCGGUGUCCAUUAUGAUCUAAGUUGACCAGACCUGUAGUGGAGGUUCUCAGAUCUAGCAACGUUUGGCGAUCAUACACCAGCAGAGAGUUGCCUUUAAGUGCAGCAAGUGUUACAAACAGAAAAAACACACACAGCAUACGGAGAGAUUAAAGCAGUUUCAGUCACAAAUGAGUGUUUCUCUGAUGCCGUUUGGCAUGUUACAGUAUGAAUGGAAAAUAAAGCAGUUACUCAUAAAGAGAUAUUACAGAGAAUCGGCAGAAAAGUUUCCUACUCUCCAACCCACACACACACCACAGACACGGAAACAAACUCAGGAAGGUGUUACAGAGAGAAAAACUCAUUGCUCAAACUCGGUGCAUAUGUCUAUGCGUACAGUCUAUGGUGUUGUGUCGAUAAGAAGACACCCGUCUGCAGCAACAAUGAAUCCAAAGAUCAGAUAGACAGUCAUGAAGCUUCAGCUGGACCUGCUGUGUUUUUGCCUGCUGUGUUUCACUGGAAAAACUCUUUGUGAUGAAAAAGGACCAGCGGCCAUCAAAGUGUUGGUGUCAGAAGGGAGUGAUGUCACAUUACCCUGUUCCCUCAGCACCAAGGAGAACAUCGAGCAGAAACUCUUUGUCUGGAGGAAACAUGAUGGUAUGAUGGGGGUGUUCAUGUAUGAUAAAGGCCUCCAUCACAACAACGGUGGUUCAGGUCAAGAUGAGCAGUUCAAAGGUCGAGUCUUUCAUUUCCAAGAUGAGCUGAAACACGGCAACGCCUCCAUCAUCAUCAGAAAUACAAAGAUGGCUGACAGUGGAGACUACACCUGUGUUUUUCCAUUUGUGCAGAGAAGAGAAAAAUCCCAUGUAAUGCUUGUCGUUGUUUCAUCUCCAAAGCCAUCUGUCACAGUCCUUGAUGCCACAGAUGAUGGAGUGCAGCUGCAGUGUGAGGUUCAUGGUGCUUCUCCAAAACCUGAAGUAGAGUGGAAGGACAGUGAUGGAAACAUCCUUCCUGCUGAGGAGACACAGGUCACAGACAGAGGAGGCAGCUAUGACAUCAUCCUCCAAACUACUGUGACCAAGACGGACUGCUAUCACUGUGUGGUCACACAGGAGGAAAUCAACCAUCAGAUUCAUACAGAGAUACCUGUGUAUAUCAUUGGCAACAGCUGGAGGAAUAUUGUUACAUGUCUUGUUGUUGCUGCAACUUUAGCCUUUUUUGGGCUUGUUGUAGUUUGGUUGUUUAGGUGGUAUCACAGGCCCAACAAAAGGAUUGAUAGAGUGAGACAGCAACAGAAAGUUGAACAUCUGAUGAACAAUAAUGUUCAGCACAUUGCUGGCUGUGGUACGAGGACUCAGACUGAACCUGAGGAUCUUCAAUCAUGUUCUGGGUCAGAGGGUUCAGAGACUGCAGAGAGAGAGGAGGAGCAGCAGCCACUGAAUACGGGUGCACAUGACUCACAGGCAGCAGCACCCCCCGAUUCGACGUCGUAGAGG